AUGGUUCCUAGUUCCCAGGUUCCCUGCAAAGAUUGCCCGUUCCAGCACUUAAUUGAGCUACUGAAAGACAGUACAGGAAAGAAGUUCUACAAUGUUGCUAAACUCGGAGGCUCCAAAUAUGAUAGCCUGCCUUACUCGAUACGGGUACUGUUGGAAGCUUCCGUUCGUAACUGGGACGGCUUCCUAGUGAAAGAAGAAGAUGUGAUGAAUAUCUUGGACUGGAAAGCAAAACAGAAUAAUGUCGAAGUGCCCUUCUGUCCUGCCAGAGUCCUCCUCCAAGACUUUACUGGGAUUCCCGCGAUGGUGGACUUUGCUGCAAUGAGAGAAGCUGUGAAAAAUCUCGGAGGAGAUCCCUCCAGAGUCCAUCCUGCCUGCCCAACAGAUCUCACCGUGGACCAUUCUUUGCAGAUCGACUUCAGUAAAUGUGCAAUACAGAAUACUCCCAAUCCCGGAGGUGGGGAUCUGCAGAGGCCGCCGGCAAAACUUUCUCCGCUUAAAGCACCGCGGAAGCUUCCGUGCAGAAGCCAGGCCAGCUGCAGAGGGCCCUGCGAUGGCGAAUCGAGUCGUAAUUCGCUCUCGGUGCAGAUCGAGAACACUCCUCUGUUGUGUCCUUUUCAUCUUCAGCCAGUGCCUGAGCCCGAAACUGUGUUAAAAAACCAGGAGGUGGAAUUUGGUAGAAAUAAAGAGAGGCUCCAGUUUUUCAAGUGGGGCUCCAAAAUGAUUGAGAACGUCUCGGUGAUUCCUCCUGGGACCGGAAUGGCCCACCAGGUGAACCUGGAGUAUUUGUCCAGGGUGGUGUUCGAUGUUAAAGAUUUCCUCUACCCGGACAGCGUGGUUGGCACCGAUUCCCAUACAACGAUGGUCAAUGGUUUGGGAAUCCUGGGAUGGGGUGUCGGCGGAAUUGAGACAGAAGCGGUAAUGCUGGGAAUGCCGGUCACCCUCGCCUUACCUGAGGUGGUUGGGUGUGAACUGACGGGCACGGCCAGCCCGCUCGCCACAUCAAUAGACAUCGUCCUGAGCAUUACCAAGCAACUAAGGCAAGCGGGGGUGUCUGGGAAAUUCGUGGAGUUCUUUGGGUCCGGUGUUUCCCAGCUCUCUGUAGUCGACCGAACCACGAUAGCAAAUAUGUGUCCGGAGUACGGUGCCAUUUUGAGCUUUUUCCCUAUCGACAAUGUGACACUCAAGCAUUUAAAGCAUAGAGGCUUUGACGAGGUGAAGCUGAAGUCCAUAGAAGCAUAUCUUAAAACUGUGAAACUAUUUAGAAAUGAUCAGCUUUCCACAGGAGAACCUGAAUACUCCCAGACCGUACACAUAAACCUGGGUUCCAUAAUGCCGUGCGUCAGUGGCCCCAAAAGGGCGCAGGACAGAGUGGCCGUCACGGAGAUGAAAAGUGAUUUCCAGGCCUGCUUAAACGAGAAGGUCGGUUUUAAAGGCUUUCAGAUCCCCCCCGAGAAGCAGCACGACGUCGUUCCGGUUGAGUUCGAAGGGAACGAGUACCAGCUGGCUCACGGGUCGGUCGUCAUCGCGGCGGUGAUCAGCUGCACGAACAACUGCAACCCCUCUGUGAUGCUAGGAGCAGGCUUGUUGGCCAAAAAAGCCGUUGAAGCUGGACUGACGGUUAAACCUUAUAUAAGAACGAGUUUGUCGCCCGGCAGCGGAAUGGUCACGCAUUAUCUCAGUUCCAGUGGAGUACUGCCAUACCUCAAGAAACUCGGAUUUGACGUUAUUGGCUAUGGGUGCUCUACAUGCGUUGGGAAUACCACUCCUUUGCCAGAAGCCAUUCAGAAUGCGAUAAUGCAGGGUGACUUAGUUGCUUGUGGAGUUUUGUCCGGAAACAAGAACUUCGAAGGCCGCCUCUGCAGCUGCAUCCGUGCCAACUACCUUGCGUCUCCGCCUUUGGUCGUGGCUUAUGCUGUAGCAGGGACUGUGAAUAUCGAUUUCCAGACUGAGCCAUUAGGAGUUGAUCCCGCCGGCAAAAGCAUCUUCUUGCACGAUAUUUGGCCCAGUAGAGAGGAGCUUCAUCAGGCGGAAGAAGAGUUAGUGAUAUCAUCCAUGUUUAAAGAGCUGAAGGAGAAAAUGGAGAAAGGAAACAAGCGGUGGGAUUCUCUAGAAGUGCCGGAGUCCGUUUUAUUCACAUGGGAUUGGAAGUCAACGUACAUUAGAUGCCCUUCCUUUUUUGAUAAGCUUGCCAAAGAACCACUUCCUGUUCAAUCCAUCGAAAACGCACACGUCUUGCUGCAUUUGGGGGAUUCCGUCACAACCGAUCAUAUCUCACCUGCCGGGAGCAUCGCAAGAGGAAGUGCGGCUGCCAGAUACUUGUCGAGCAAAGGCCUCACCCCCCGCGAGUUCAAUUCGUACGGCGCCCGGCGAGGUAAUGACGCCAUCAUGACAAGAGGCACCUUUGCAAACAUCAAGCUGUUAAACAAAUUCAUCGGGAAGCCGGCUCCUAAAACGAUUCACUUCCCAACGGGAAAGACGAUGGAUGUCUUUGAUGCAGCAGAGGCAUAUCAGAAAGCGAACAUCCCACUGAUUAUCUUGGCAGGCGCAAAGUACGGACAAGGGAACUCCAGAGACUGGGCUGCCAAAGGACCUUUUUUACUGGGCGUGAAAGCAGUUAUUGCCGAAAGCUACGAGAAGAUCCACAAAGGGCACUUGAUCGGGAUUGGCAUCGCCCCGCUUCGGUUCCUCGAGGGGGAAAAUGCAAGUUCUUUGGGCCUGACCGGCAAAGAGCAGUUUUCUGUCUCCUUUCCUCAGAAGCUGUCUCCUGGAAUGAGCCUAGACGUAAAGACAAAUACUGGAAAACUAUUCCGUGUGAUCGCCGCUUUCGACAACGACGUGGAAGUAACAUUGUACAGACAUGGCGGCAUUCUCAACUAUACAGUCCGAAGGCUCUUGUAGAGCCCAGCCUGACAACCUUGGGGAAGGGCCAACCCUCCGACGGCCGGUGCACCCCCCUGCAGCCGACGGAUCUGCAUACGGCGCCCCCACCGUGCUCAGAUAACUUCAUCCCGGAUGUAAAAGAUUGUGAAUCGUUGUAGUGACUGCGGCAAGAUCCUUCCUGAUUUUUUUUUUAAAUUUUAAAUGAUACUCAAAUGGUGCUAUUGACAUUGCUAAAAAAAAAAUUGAUGUGCGUGUUGUGGAAGAGAGCUGUAAGUAUGGGGGGGGAGGGUUGGCUCGGGCCACUCUGUAAAUAAGCUGCGUAAAAACUGAAACUGAAUUGUGACGAAGAUUUUAAGCCGGAAGAUUUUCUGAUGUUAGCUGCUGCUUCUUCUCCCCCUUCCCCUCCUCCUCCUCCCAGUUCUUGCACCUUUUCUGUCACUGUUUGUUGGUUUGAGGGGCAGCACGCAUUUCGAAACGCGAAGGCCCCCGCAGCUUUCCCGAAUUCAGAUACCCAAAUUUUCUAAACUCGCAGAGCUGAGGCUCGGGGCCCAGCCUACCAGUUGUAGGCUGGAAGGGUUAAAGAAGCCAGCAGCAAGGUACAGAGACUUCUGCGUCCUCUGAUGCCGUUAACCCAUUUCAGAAAAAUUAAUAUUAACGGGACAACGAAAUGCUACGGCUUUCCCAAUGCAAAACAAGGCAAAUUUUUGACAGGCCGCUGGAGUAGGCCUGAAUUUCAGCCUUUGCAUCACAUACUGCAACCCACUGUUUUAAAGGAGCUGAAAGGGAGCAGCAGUCCUCCUGUGAUUUGCCUUUAUUAGCCAGAGAUGUAUAGUUGUAACACAGCCUGUCCUUUGCAAGCCGUCACAGAAGACGUGGGCAGCAACCUCCACUUUCCACUCUCUCUUUUUUUAAAUCUAGCACACCUUUCCAGUUUUCUCCCUUUCUGCUUUAGCGUGUGACUGAAAACGCCAGAGCUGGGCUUGGCCCAGGGAAGAUUGUAAAACAACCUCUUUUCUUUUUUUUUAAAUAACCAAGACGUUUUUCAUGGCCUUCUGUUCCUAUUUUAAACCACUGGGGGAUCCCUUCUUACGACUUCCUGCUAUAACCGCGCCAUCUGUCCUAUUGUCAUUUUUACUGUAUUGGGCUAGCUCUAGGAAACCAGGUCAUCGAUUUGUAUUUGGAAAAGGUCUGAACCGUAUCUCAGCCAAAAAGGCAACUUGGCUUGAAAGAGGACAUGACUUUUUCAAUUAAUCCUUUUGGAGGUCCCCACCACCAACACCUUAAAGCAUUCCAUACAUUUUGAAAACAGAUUUAUUUGGUUGAAAGCAGUUUAAUAGCAAGAAGGUAACCCAUAAUUUGAGAAUCAUCUCGAACAGCAGACGCUGACACCAAUCUCUGCAUUAUUCAUUGGAGAUUUCUGCCCUCAAAAAUCCCCCUUGGUAAUUUUGGUUCAGCGUACUGGCUACAGAAGAGGUUUGUGUGCAUAUGUCUUUUUAAACUUUUAUGGAAUAGAAUAUGCUUCUUGUGGAUAUUAUACACCACAAAAAAUACUCAUUGAGUUAAUGAAUAAACUUUUUAUUUGGAUAAAUAUUAGCCUCUGUAAGUGUCCAGAUGGCUUUGGAAGUAUCAUGUCAGAGGGCAAAUUUGAAAUUUUGAUUUGAAAUGAAUACCUCUUGUGUAAAGCCUUCUGAAAUCUUGGUUGCUUUUCAGGCAAAGAGCAGGAUAAAAUAUGUAAAGAGAUUGCGUUUUUUGUGUGUAUGUAGUUUCAGAUGGGGAAGUCUUCUGUACUUUUUAGAAUUCAGUGUUUUUACUAGGGGUGUGCGCUCAGUAUAUACCGAACCGAAUAAAUACCCCCAAAAUACUUACCUUUAUUUUUUGGGUAUUUAUUCAGCCGAAUACAGAUCAGAGAUCUCUUUAAAUGCCUUUUGAGUUCACGUGCCGAGUUGCGCCACCGCCGCAGCAUGACUUGGUGAGUGAACUCAGCAAACAUUUAAAAUUUUAAUCCCUUCUCCAUUAUACCCUAUGAGGACAGUACCCAUAGGGUAUAAUGGAGCCAAAUAAAUU